AUGUUACGAAGGGAUACCAAUCACAAGAAGACGGAUAUUCCAGUAGCGGAGCCGUUGUAUCCCAAAUCCUCGAAACGCCGUGGAAACAAGGCGCCUGUGAUACCAAUAGUGGCGGCAGUGCUGACCUUAUUAGCUGUCUACCUGCUGUUUUUCAACGGGAAAGGUGACAAACUGGCGCCCACGCCAACUAGCCAAGCCAUCAAAGAUAAUGUGGCUGUCGACUCUUCCACCAUUUCGACAAAUUCUCACACUGUGACCAUCAACGGUGAAGCCGAAGAACUGCCCGAUUCGAUCGAAUACUAUGAUCUUAAUGACUACGUCGGCUUUGAAGAUGGAAAGUCCAAAGAAGACAUCAUUCUUCUGUGUAUUCCACUCAGAAAUGCCGAAAAGGUCUUGCCUUUGAUGUUCAGAAACAUGAUGAACAUGACGUAUUCCCAUUCGCUGGUGGACAUAGCGUUCCUUGUGAGUGAUUGUUCUGAGGACGACCGCACAUUUGAGGCUCUGGUGGAGUAUACCUCUGCUUUGCAAAGUGGCACUCUACUCCAAUUGUUGGAUUCUCAGCAGGAGGAGAUGAAGAGGAGCGGCAUACGUGGCACAAGCGACUUAUAUCUGUCGUAUAUGGACAAGGCUUAUUCCGAAAAUGUGCGGAAUGCGUAUUCUCCUCCGUAUCACGACGAAUACGAGAAGCCUUUUAGGAGCAUACAGAUCUUCCGCAAGGAUUUUGGCCAGAUCAUUGGCCAGGGAUUUAGCGAUCGUCAUGACGUCAAGGUUCAGGGAAUUCGUAGGAAGCUGAUGGGCCGGGCGCGGAACUGGCUGUUGAGCAACGCUUUGAAGCCGUACCAUUCGUGGGUCUACUGGAGAGAUGCCGAUAUUGAGACAUCUCCUGGGUCCAUCAUCGAAGAUCUGAUGAAGUUCAAGGAUUACGACGUGAUUGUGCCCAAUGUUUGGAGGCCUCUACCGACUUUCCUUGGUAACGAGCAGCCGUACGACCUCAACUCGUGGAUGGAAAGUGAAAAGGGCUUGGAACUUGCAAGGAAUCUCGGCGAGGACGAUGUGAUUGUCGAAGGAUAUCAGGAAUACCCCACAUGGAGAGUGCAUCUCGCGUACAUCCGCCAGGAAAACGGUGAUAAAAACGAGAUUGUUGACCUCGACGGCGUUGGAGGAGUGUCAAUUCUUGCAAGGGCCAAGGUUUUCAGGCAAGGUGUGCAUUUCCCUGCUUUCACAUUCAUGAACCAUGCGGAAACCGAGGCUUUUGGCAAAUUGGCCAGGAAAAUGGGGUUCCGGGUUGGUGGGUUGCCCCAUUAUACGGUCUGGCAUAUUUAUGAGCCGAGCGAGGACGAUUUGCAGGAUAUUUCGAGGAUGGAGCGGAAGAAGAGGCGUCUAAGACAGACUUCGGGCAGUUAG